UCUCACUCUCUUUCAGUGUCGUGUUCUGGUGAAUUUUGACGAGCACUCUGAGGAUGUUUGUGAUAAUCGUGUGUAAUUUGUCAAGAUCUCUUUGUAAUUUCGGGUUGUGACUCCGGUCUGUUGAUUACUUUCUGGCUGGAUCGUGUAUCACGGGGUGCUUUCGGGGAUUUGAAGGCAUACCGAACGCCUAUGGCACAGAAGAAGGGAUUGUUAUCCGCUACUGCUGCCCAGAGGGCUAGAGCUGGUGGUGGAUCUCGACUUACUGUUCUACUUAUUAUUUUCUUCUUGUUUCUAUCUCCUGCGGUCUUCUUCUUCAGCCGAGGUCUCCGUAGUGCAGAUCUUGAAAUUAUUUCGAGUGGUUCUGUUCAGCAGGAUGUUGGAUUGAGAGAAAGAACAGCAUUGCAACAGUUCAAUUCUCUUUUUCCUAAAGCGGUCAUUGAUAUGAUUGCUGCUAGCACAAAUGAUUUGGGUCCCUAUAGUGUUGACCAUUUUCGAAAAAAUAGUUUGUCAGUUUCUUGGAAAAUAGAUGGACAAGAGACUACGGUUGAUGACAUUUCUGAGAGAAACCAAACUGUUAUUGAUCUUGUGAAAGAAAAACCCAACAGUGAAGAAGUCAAACUUAUGGAUGACAGUUCCCAAUUUACAGAUAGUACUGCAAAACAGACAAGGAGGCAACUUCGAGAAAAGAAACGUGAAAAGCAUGCUGCUCAGUUGCUUCAACAGGACGACAACAUUCUGAUAAAACUUGAGAAUGCUGCUAUUGAGCGCUCAAAAUCAGUUGAUACCUCAGUUCUGGGUAAAUACAGUAUAUGGAGGAAAGAAUAUGAGAAUGAUAACUCCGAUUCAACUGUACGCUUGAUGCGGGACCAAAUGAUCAUGGCAAGGGCAUACCUAGGUAUAGCAAAGAUGAAGAACAAGCUUGACUUGUAUCAUGAACUCCAGACGCGUUUGAAAGAGAGCCAAUGUGCCUUAGGAGAGGCAAGUACUGAUGCUGAUCUGCAUCGGAGUUCCCCUGAUAAAAUAAAAUCUAUGGGCCAAAUUUUGUCAAAAGCAAAAGAGCAAUUAUAUGACUGCAAGUUGGUAACAGGAAAGCUAAGGGCAAUGCUCCAAUCAGCUGAUGAAGAAGUCAGAGGCUUGAAAAAGCAAAGCACAUUCCUCAGUCAGUUGGCUGCCAAGACCAUACCUAAUGGAAUUCACUGCUUAUCCUUGCGUCUAACUAUAGACUUCCACCUUCUUCCUCCAGAGAAAAGAAAUUUUCCUAGAAGUGAAAAUUUAGAAAAUCCAAAUCUUUAUCAUUAUGCCCUCUUUUCAGACAAUGUCUUGGCUGCUUCAGUUGUUGUCAACUCAACCAUUGUGAAUGCUAAGGAUCCUUCAAAACAUGUAUUUCAUCUUGUUACAGAUAAGCUUAAUUUUGGUGCCAUGAACAUGUGGUUCCUGUCAAAUCCUCCUGGAAAAGCCACAAUCCAUGUUGAAAAUGUUGAUGAAUUCAGGUGGCUAAAUUCGUCUUACUGUCCAGUAUUACGUCAACUUGAAUCUGCUGCAAUGAGAGAAUACUAUUUCAAGGCUGAACAUCCAACCACUCUUUCAUCUGGUGCAUCGAAUCUUAAGUACAGAAAUCCAAAGUAUCUUUCUAUGCUUAAUCAUCUGAGGUUCUAUCUUCCUCAGGUAUAUCCCAAGUUGGAAAAGAUUCUGUUUUUGGAUGAUGACAUUGUUGUUCAGAAAGAUUUGACUGGAUUAUGGGAUGUGGAUCUUCAUGGCAAAGUUAAUGGUGCAGUUGAAACCUGUGGUGAGAGCUUUCACCGUUUUGACAAAUAUCUUAACUUCUCCAAUCCUCAUAUUGCAAGAAAAUUUGAUCCCAAUGCAUGUGGAUGGGCCUACGGGAUGAAUAUGUUUGACUUGAAGGAAUGGAAAAAACGAGACAUUACUGGCAUAUAUCAUAAGUGGCAGAACUUGAAUGAAGAAAGGUUACUCUGGAAGCUAGGAACACUUCCUCCGGGUUUGAUUACUUUUUAUGGACUGACACAUCCACUUGAUAAGUCGUGGCAUGUGCUUGGUUUGGGUUACAAUCCAAGCAUCGACCGGUCUGAGAUAGAGAAUGCUGCAGUUGUACACUACAACGGAAACAUGAAGCCUUGGCUGGAAUUGGCUAUGACAAAGUAUCGUGGUUAUUGGAGCAAGUAUAUCAAGUACAAUCAUCCUUACCUUCGCCAAUGCAAGUUAAAUGAAUGAGUCUGGUUUUAAACCACUCUUAGAUAGCAAACGAGGGAUCUCAAUCUCUCCUACUUGAGAGUUAUGCUGCUAUAUCUAGUUGAAACACACUGGUUGGUUCCCACAUUAGAUUGGGGGGCAGGGGGAUCUCCUUAACAUGUUUUGCUAUGCCUCGCUUCCCUCUUUCUCCCUUUAUAAUUCAUUCCAUUCGUUCCCAUACAAGAUAUGAUACUCAUUCCCUUGUUAACAUGUAAAUCCAUUAAUUAUAUUUUGCUGUUAGCCAAGUUUGAAUUGGAUUAGGAAGUCUAUGCCAAUUGGCUGUAAUUUUGGACAACAGACGAUCUGCUUCUUAAUAUCCAUGGUGCAAGUUAAAGAUUCAGAA